UUUUUACUCUUUCUCUUUUCUCUUUACUUCUUCCAAUGACAGACACAAACAGACUUUCAUUACACAUUGAUAUUCAUCAACAUACAGCUGAAAAUAUACCUGAAGAAGCUGACAUUACUGAAAUUGUUCCCCAUGUUGUCAAUGAUCCACCUAAACCAUCUUCACCUGAAAGAGAACACAACAUGCGUGAUUCUGAAUCAGAAGAAGACGUAACAGAAGAGAAUGUUCAUGCUACACUAGAGCAGUUAGAUAAUACUGCAAGUGAAGAUACUUUUACGAAUGGCACUGUCAAUCAAGAAGAGCAUGUGCACCCGACUACGAUAAACACAAGGGGACGUAGUGUAAGUAACGUCCAUCCAGGUACUCAGCACACCGGCAUCUUGCCUCGCUCACAACGUGUAUGGGAAAUGGACAGACAGGCACCUGAAUGUAGGCGUUGUCAUCGACGCUUUAAUUUCCUAGUCCGUAGACAUCAUUGUCGUCGAUGUGGACAAAUUGUCUGCGACAAGUGUAGUUCAAAUCGAUUAAGGCUGCCCGUAGAAGAGCUUGUUGAAGAUCCCAUGAUACCUCCUUCUCAAUACCCACAUUUGGCUUCUCAAACACAGCGUGUCUGUGAUACUUGUUUUCGAGAACCCAUUCGUCGUUCGUCUGAAUCAUAUAGAAGGAGAAGCAGCCGAGCUGCUUAUGGAUCAAACAUGAGAAGAACAGAUAGUGCACAGAGUUUGAUGAUCGACUGUCCUGUGUGUGGACAGACAUUUUUGGGUAUGCAAAAGGGCGAACAAGAAGCACAUUUACAACGAUGUUUAAAUGUGGGAAGUCCUCCUGUACAAUCACCCCGUUAUAUUGUGUAUGAAUUAUCGGCUGAAUCAACACAGAUUGGAGAUGAAUGUCCUAUUUGUUUUGACGAGUUUGAACAAGGUAAGGAAAGACAACAAAGGCAUUUGUAUCUCAUCAUGCUAUAUUAGGUGAUCAAAUUUCAAGAAUGAUUUGUUUAUGUUCAUAUCAUCAACAUUGUCUAGCAUCAUGGCUACAAAGAGGCAGAGGAUGUCCAGUACAUUAUGACUCACUUCAGACGGAAUAGAAGUCUACGUCUUUAUAUAUAUAUAUAUAUAUUUGCAUUGUAUUUACCCAUUAUUACCUUUUUCUCUCUUUUUAAUUAUUGUACAAAGAUCUCCUCUUUAUAACAAAAUAAAAUCAUAUUUAGCACAAGACAAAUACAAGCCAACUACUUGUUUAAUCAAAAAGAGAUAAAUUAAAUACAAAACUAUAAAUAAGCUGUAAUCAAUUCAGUUUCUUUUUUUUUUUCACCUAACAAUAUGUCUCAAGAAACCUCUUCCAAAAGACAA